UAAAUAAUGGCUUUGUGGAAAGUAUUUUAGAAAGCAGGGCAACGAUCUACAAUGCCUGCAGCAUUCAAAGAGGGAUUAUUUGAGAAACCAGGAGAGUUCUAAUACAAAGUGAAAAACAUAGCAAUAAGCUACGAAACAGCUUCUUGGAUGCUCAGAGAAGGUAUUGUAGAAUACAAUCCAAAUAAAUGGGGAUAUGUGUUAAGUAAAUCUCACAGAGACUUCAAUGAUUAUUGGACUAGAAGUAAGAAUAAUAAAAUAAAUGUAGCUAUGUUUACAAGAUGUGGUUUAUUUUUAACAGGAUGUUGGCUAUUUAGUUGUUUAUACACGAAACCAAGAUUCGAUUGGCAAGAUUAUCACGAUCCUAAAUUUGAAUAGAAGACAUAUGGUGACUUAGAAGAAGGAGGAGAUGAAGGUGGAGAUGAUGAUUGAAGGAAUCAAGAUAUAAAAAUACAAUAAA